UAGCUCUGGUCAUGUGAUAUUGUUGUGGUCCGAGUUACGGAUGCAGGUUUUAAAUCGACAAACACAGGUUUUAAUUUUGGUAUAACGGAAUAACCAUGUUUACAUUCAGCCCUCAUGCCCAUUGCUCUCAGGUGUAGGACACCAUCGGAACCAACAUCUGUAAUCAGUUCUGUCAAAGCAUUAGCCCAGCCCAGUUUCCUCCAGAGGUGAACCGAGAGAGCUGGGUGACAUCCAUCUGGUGGUCGACCCAUAGUCAUGUUCCGGUGGAUGCUUGGGGGUCGGGAUGCCCAACGUGCCGUCGAGAACUCCGUCUUGUGCAUCGGAGAGGAACAGCCAAAAAACUGGUUCACUGAGCUGCAGGUGCUGAAAGGACAUUUCGACAUUGUUCGAUUUCUGGUGCAGAUUGAUGACUUUAGGUUCGCCUCAGCUGGAGACGAUGGCUUGGUUCUGGUCUGGAACAUCGAGACUGGGGAGAAGCUCCUGGAGAUGAGGGGUCACUCCCAGCAGAUCACUGCCAUGGCAACGCUGACCCGCUUCUCCAGGGACAGCCCCCACACCUCGCUGGUCACCGCCUCCUCCGACCGCAGCCUCAGUCUGUGGGAUCCAGACACAGGAAACAGAGUCCAGACUAUUUCAGACCUCCAGUCCUCGGUCAAGUGUCUGCUGGUGCUAGAACGUCUGUCCGUGUGGCUCUCUGGGGGAGCAGAGCUGUGUGUUUGGAACAUCGAUUUCCAGCUGCAGUGCCAACAACAGAACCACAGCGACACUGGGAUCACAGCACUGGUAGAGUUGCCCAAGAACUGCAUAGCAGCAGCCAUGGAUAAAGAUAUCGUCAUCUACAGGCUGACGGCUGAACUGCCGCUGACCCUGGCCAAGGUCCGCUGCCUCUCGGACCACCAGGACAACAUCCGUACCCUCAUCCCCGUCAAUGACGAGCUGUUUGCCAGCGGCUCCCAUGUGGGCGAGCUCAUCCUAUGGGACGCCAGCGACUGGAACAUCCUGGCCUAUGAGCACAUCCUGUGGGAGGAGUCACAGGCCGACAGCCAGAGUGAAAUCCGACUGGGCUCUCCGAAGCCCUGCGAGAUGUCCAUUCAGCAUUUGACCACCAAUGGCACGCUAAUCCUGGCAGCAGUGGGCAGCGGUCUGUACGUAUACAGUGUCCUCACCAAGACGGUGGUGGCCUACAGGAGGGCCGCCCACGACUCCAACAUCCUGCACACCAUGCUGCUGUCAGACAGUGAAUUGAUGUCGUGCUCUGAAGACGGCAGUGUGAGGAUGUGGGAGAUCCAGGACCUGCCCUUACCUGCGGAGGCAGCCUCUCCAGGGUUCUUUGGACUGUGGUCAUUCGGGCGAUCCAGUAAACAGGCGGAGCUUCCCUCGAGGAAGAUAACGGAGGUCCCGAACAUCAGAACCCUGGAGCUGACAGGAGAUCUGAUCGGCCACUCGGGGGCGGUCCAGAUGUUCCUGAGCUUCGUCGGGCACGGAGUGGUGACCUGCUCCACCGACCACCUGAUGAUCCUGUGGAAGAACGCCGAGCGGCAGUCUCACCUGCGCAGCCUGGAGCUCUUCAGGAGGCUGGAGUCUGGGCCCCCUGCCGGCGACUGGUAGGGUGGCCGGAGACGUUGCCCAUCAUGCUUUGCAGUAUUAUUUUAUUUAGUGGUUGCCGUAGGAGCUGCACAGUGCAUGUCCUUCUGAUGAUAGACGAAUGUCCCUCCGCAUGCACCUUUUCUGUACUGUUGUGGUCGAUGGAUUUUGGAAAACUGCAUUCCGGAUAUGAUGAGUAUUAUUUAGCGAUUGCAACUUUGACCUGCGAGAAAUGUCUGUUUCCUUUUGCCUCAAUGGAUGAUAAAAACGACUGUGUUUUGUAACAGUUUAAUAUUUAAUGUCUGUGUGCCUAUUUUGUGGCACAACAUUUCUUUUUAGUUUAUUUUUCACAUCUGCUUGUAUACAAUUUGUUCCACUGAAGAUCGCUGUGUAUCACUGGCUUUACGUUUAAGUGUUUAAUGUAUGAAUUAUUGGUUGUGCCAAACUAGAAGUCCUGGUUAUAUUAAAUUUCACUUUAUAUUUUAAUAAUCUUAAUUGUUUAUUCAUCUCUUAUUUGUCAAAUUUUAUAUGGAAUUAAAGAACAUUGUAUCGUACUUGGGAUUGAUCAAGUAUAUUUUUAUUACCAUUAUGAAUAAUAUUAUUAUAUAAGAUAUGGAUGUCUGUUAUUUGACACUGUGUGGUUUAUUUUGUGUCAGCAUCUUGCUUUAAUUGAAAAACAGAUGUCAAUUACAGGGAACUGGAAGUAGAUUACCUAGAAAUAGGAGAUAAUUGCGUUGGCCUUCCCUCAUGACCACAGGAGAGGGUGGAGGUCUGAGGGAGGUCAAAUGUUGUUCUCCAUCAUUCGGUUAGGCCUCAGAAGGAAUGACUCCACUUUACUUUUGUUAUUGUUUUCUAUUGAUUACGAUUGUUUAUCAAGAAGUAUUUCUUAGUUUGUAUUUGCACAUUUAUUUUUAAAACAUUUUUAUAUUUUUGAUCUUCGUUUUUUCGACAUAUAAGGCUGGGAUAUGUCAGGGUUUAUGAGGGGACCCCUGUGGCUUAAGGGAGAACACUGUGGACGUCAUGUGUUCUGGUUCAGAAGGUGUCCCCAAGUACGGUCUGGUGGCCCAGAGAGAUACUGAAGGGAGAGGCCAGCAACCUGUUGAACUUAAAUCAUCACUUUGCUUGGAAAUCAAUCUUUUUCUUUUUAUUAUUACAAAAUGGUUCCAUACAGUUGGUGUGUGAGUCGCUGGAGGGGGUAAAAAAGAAAAGAAAAAAAAAAAGCAUAUUGUGUCCACAACAAAACAUAAUUUGACAUGAUCAGACUGAUGUGUACGGUUGAUCCGUUUCCCGUCAGGUUGAACCAAAAUGUACAUGGGACACAUGUUGACAUUAUAUAAACACAUCCUGAAAGAAAACACUGUGACAUUGAAUGAGUAUCGGAGCCCUCUCCAUAACUAAAGUAACACUAGUAUUCAGGAGUACUGCGACAAUAAGGAAAUCUGCACAGAGAAACACUUAAGGCCAUUCCACAUUAUAAAUAUAUACAUAUACAGGCCUAAAACACGCUAACACCAUGUAUGCUGAGAUGGCUGUGGUGAAGCCAUCUAUUAAGGGUCAAAACAUUAAUAAUGAUGAGAACAAGCAGACAACAAGUCUUCCUUUGCUUCCAAUAUCCCCAGAAAGAGAUCAAAAUAGAGUUGAAUAUUUAAACCAUCUGUAGUAUUUUAAAACAUUUGAAAAAAAAAAAGAUUUGGGAGGUUGGGGUUAGUUUCCACUGUUUUGCGAUCACACAGCUGUGUCUCUGCAGUUG